CGGACGCAGAGUCGAAUGAUUCAAUCAUGAUCCGCGCAGAAUGUCGCCUUGCAUUUCUGCUCAUCCUGGUGCCAGGAAUACUGGCCACGUACGUGGAGGUGUCGCCUUCUUACUUGUCCAUUGGAGCCGGGGAGAAGACGCAGCUCACAUGCACGUUGAGCAACACAGGCUAUCCCUUCAUGUCCUGGUACCGACAGCGAAGCAACGGGGCAUUGGAACUUCUCUUCACCUCUGCUGCGCAAGGUUCUGUUAGCAACUACACGUCCGACUCAUAUACGGCCAGGAGGCCCAGCAACACGCUGUUCUCACUGGAACUGAACAAACCCUCGCCCUCUCAAUCGGCCGUCUACUUCUGCUCUUGCAAGGACACAGGUUUAAGGGAAGCUUACUUCGGAACUGGGACUAAGUUAGUUGUCUUGGAGCACGAUGUCCAAGCUCCCACAGUCACACUUCUUCGCCCAUCGCGCAGGGAGGUCGCGGAGAAGAAGAGAGCCACGGUGGUCUGCCUCAUCACCAGAUUCUACCCGGAAAACAUCGAGAUCCAAUGGGUCCUCAACGACGAGAAACUCCAAGCCAAAGACCCCAGGGUCCAGUCUGACCCCGAGCCGGUGUCCGAGGACGGCAACAAGACGUUUAGCAUUACCACCCGCCUGCAGUUGGAAGCCUAUGAAUGGGCGAUGUCCGCCAACGUCAUGUGCAACGUUCUUCACUACCAGAAAGGAGAGGAGGCUAAAUCAUACCAGGACAAGAUUGACGUCAGGGAAGUACCCUGUGGGAUCAGCAACGAACAAAAGAUGCUAAGUAUGGGAACCGGGAUACUGACGUACCUCGUCCUGAUUUGCAAAAGUAUCUUGUACGCAGUGAUCGCCUCAGUGCUAGCCAUGAAGGCUAAGACCUCUCACUCCAAGAGGUUCGACUGAAUCUGGGCGGAUUCGAAGAGACCGAAGAUCUAUCGCAUCGCUACCGUCUUGGCCUGUACCUCCCUCUGCUACACGGUGGAACCUUUUGUCGUCUCCCUUUCUGCGGACGUGUGGAACAUACAUCUCUCCUCCGCACCUCACAUUUCCUGUGUCCCUCCCCCCCCCCCCCACCCCCCAUAAGAAGGAACAUUGACCCAUCUUGUCUUGGAGUUGUACAGUGUGCAGACGAGCCCUUCAGGCCAACCGGUCCCUGCCGGCCCAGAUCCCCCCGUCCCCAGCCGGUCCCAUCUCCCCGCGUUUGGCCCCUGUCCCUCUGAACCUUUCCCAUCUGCGGACCUGUCCCGAGUGUCGUUAAUGGACCUGCCUCACCCACUCCCUCUGGGCAGCUCGUCCCACGUACGGACCACCCUCUGGGUGAAGAAGUUCCCUGUUAAAUCUCUCCCCCCUCUCACUUUAACCCUGUGCCCUCUAGUUUGAGACUCCCCAACCCCUGGCGGGGAGGAAGUCAGGG